GGUGGGGAGAAAUUUCCGCUUCCUCCACCGACACAACAUCCACAGCAACUUGAGUAAGGACUUCCACCCAGAGUCCGAUCGUUAAGCAGCAGCAUUGUCAGGCUGAACGUUAAAUCGUGAGACUCAAAGUAAAGCUUGGAGUCAAAGGAAUUUUUUUAAACUUUGUAUUCGCCCUUAGACGAUUUUGGUUUCACCGCUGUUGGCAGAACGACGAGGUUUUAAAGAACGGAGAUAGGCUACGGAGCGCACGGAAAGCACCGCUGGUUUAAAAAGACACGCAUACCUCCAGCAUGGAGCGUGGGGGGCUCCCGAAGACUGGAGGUGUUCCGUCUCCGCAACCCUCCAAGCCGGUCACGAUCACCUCGAAUCGUCCGGUGCAGAUGAACCUGUAUGCAACAUGGGAAGUGGACCGAUCUUCGCCGAGCUGUGUACCGAGGUUGUUCAAUCUGACUCUGAAGAAGCUGGUGAUGCUGAAGGAGUUGGACAAGGACCUGACGUCUGUGGUCAUCGCUGUCAAACUCCAGGGAUCGAAACGCAUUUUACGCUCCAAUGAGAUCCUGCUGUCUUCGGCUGGGCUUACCGAGACAGACCUGCAACUCACUUUCUCUUUGCAGUACCCACACUUCCUGAAGCGCGACGCUAACAAGCUGCAGAUCAUGCUGCAGCGCCGCAAGCGCUACAAGAACCGCACCAUCCUGGGCUACAAGACACUAGCGCUGGGCCUCAUCAACAUGGCCGAGGUGAUGCAGCACCCCACUGAAGGGGCCCAGGUCCUGGGGCUGCACAGCCAGCUGAAGGAGGCGUCGGUGCCCGUGGCGGAGGUGCGCGUCUACAGCCUGUCCAGUCAGCCCAUCGACCAGCCCAGAGCCAAGACGUCCGAUCGUUCUCCUGACAUUGAUAACUAUUCAGAGGAGGAGGAGGACAGCUACUCUUCAGAACCAGAGGGCAGCGAUGAUCCCGUCCAUGGCCGAGAGUAUCUCUUUGACGAGGAGGAUGAGGUGAGAAAGAAAAAGCCACGCCGCAAGCUGACGCCCAACGCCUCCAUAACCAGACAACCCAACAUCAAGCAGAAGUUUGUGGCCUUGUUGAAGAGGUUCAAAGUCUCGGAUGAGGUGGGCUUUGGUCUGGAGCACGUGUCCCAUGAGCAGAUCCAGGAGGUGGAGGAGGAUCUGGACGAGCUGUACGACAGCCUGGAGCUCUACAACCCCAGCGACAGCGGCCCCGAGAUGGAGGAGACCGACAGCAUCCUCAGCACCCCCAAACCCAAACUCAGGCCUUUCUUUGAGGGCAUGUCGCAGUCCAGUUCCCAGACGGAGAUCGGCAGCCUGAACAGCAAAGGAAGCCUGCCGAGAGACCCCUUCAGCCCGCAGGGGGAGCAGCCUCCGUCGGACAGGAUGAAGCACUCGGUGUCGCGCACGCGCAACCUGGAGGAGACGCUGUCCGAGGGCGACGCCCUGGAUCUGGGAGAUCCAGAGCUGUGUUCUGAGGGCCCCAGUAUCACUGUGUCGUCAGCAGAUAAACACAAAUCACCCAUGAAGACCAACCGGAGCGAGAGCCAGCCAACUAUACCCUCACCCAGACUGGAGGGCGUACACACUCCGCGUCACAAGCGUGGCGGCAGCACCCCGAUGAAGGAGCGGCAGCUCUCCAAGCCACUGAGCGAGCGAGCCAACAGCUCAGACAGCGAGAGGUCACCUGAGCUCGCACACACGCAGGUACUGCGGAAGGCAGUGUAUGAUCAGCUGAAUCAAAUCCUUGUCUCAGACGCUGUACUGCCUGAGAGUCUCAUCAUGGUCAAUGCCACAGAUUGGCAAGGACAGUUUGUUGCGGAGCAGUUGCAGGCCCAGAGGCAGCCGGUGGUGUGUACGUGCUCGGGAGCAGAGGUCCAGGCUGUCCUGUCUGCAGUGCUCACACGCAUCCAGAAGUUUUGCAACUGUAACUCCUCCAUGCCGAGGCCAGUGAAGGUAGCAGUGGUGGGCAGUCAGUCCUAUCUCGGCUCCAUCCUGCAGUUCUUCGUCUCCCAGCUGGCCAACAAGACCUCCGAUUGGCUGAGUCACAUGAGGUUCCUGGUGGUGCCGCUGGGUUCACACCCAGUUGCAAAGCACCUUGGCGCCCUCGACAACCGAUACAGUUCCUGUUUCUUGGACGGAGCCUGGAGAGACCUGUUCAGUCGCACAGAACCUCCCCAGACAGACGUUGUUGACGUAGCCAGUCGGAUCGGCCAGUACGUCAGUGGAGCCUCCCUAACACACCAACUGCCUAUUGCUGAGGCCAUGCUCACCUGCAAGCACAGAAUGCGUGAGGAGGACUCCUACCAAAAGUUUAUUCCCUUCAUCGGGGUGGUGAAGGUGGGGUUGAUUGAGCCUGGACAGUCCUCCUCAUGCGACGCAGAGGAGGGCGUGGCGGUGACCUUGGCCGUCCCCUCCACGUCUCCGCCCUCCCACGGCUCGCCCGCCAGUCUCCGAGAGACGGCCACGCCCCCCUCCUCCCCAUCCAUGGGAGGCGUGCUGAAUGUCCAGGGGAGUCCCAGCAUGCCCCCUGCCAUGGACGCCAUCGGCCUGCAGGUGGACUACUGGCUGGCCUCCCUGGCCGACAAGCGGCGCGAGGGCGAGCGCCGCGACACCGGCUGCAAGAACACGCUCAAGUGCGCCUUCCGCUGCCUGCAGGUCAGCCGCCUGCCACCGGGGGGAGCCAGCGAGGCGCAGGCGCAGGUCAGCACCAUGGCCAUGAGCGUGGUGACCAAAGAGAAGAACAAGAAAGUCCCGCAGAUCUUCCUGGGCAAGAAGCCGCGUGAGAAGGAGAUGGACUCCAAGAGCCAGAUGAUCGAGGGCAUCAGCCGCCUCAUCUGCUCGGCCAAACAGCAGCCGACCAUCCUCAGAGUGUCCAUAGACGGCGCGGAGUGGAACGACGUCAAGUUCUUCCAGCUGGCUGCUCAGUGGCCCACGCACGUCAAGUACCUUCCCGUCGGCCUCUUCGGCUACAGCAAGCCGCCCUCUUAAGGCCCGCCUCUUCCUCCUGCCCGCCAAAUCCCCUGCACCCCCCUGCCAACCGGAAUGCCUGUCAGCCAAUCAUAGCAGAACUGCAAGGGGCGGGCCUUCUCUGAAACGUGUAUUGUUUUUCGUUUUUACUGGUGUCCCGUUGAAUCGUUGCUCCUCGGAAAUUCUGGGGAGUUUUUAUUUCGCUGCGGGUUGGGGCGUACAGAUCCCGUGUGUGUGUGUGUGUGUGUGUGUGUGUGUGUGUGUGUGUGUGUGAAUCAAGUGUGAGGUGGAUAUAUAGCGCUUCGUCACUUUAAUUUAUUUUUAAAAAAGACCCCUCCACACCCCCAGUCCUCUACGAUGCUCGUACUGAGCGCACCUUUAUGGGGCAAUGGGAGGGAACAGAGCACAAGAAAAGAACAAUACUGCCGAUCAGCCAAAUACCAACCCCUCAUAACGCAGCAUGACCCAAGAGCAGCACACGCUCCCUAACUGCAGGCCCUUAAUGGCAGAUUAGACAGUCAUAUACUACAACUGAGCUCCAACAGCAAGAGCCUCUCUCUCUCUCUCUCUCUCUCUCUCUCUCUCUCUCUCUCUCUCUCUCUCUCUCUCUCUCUCUCUCUCUCUCUCUCUCUCUGUCUAUCGCUCUCUCUCUCACUUGCUUUCUCUCUCUCUGUCUCUGUCUUUCUGUCUCUCUCUCAUACUCUCUCUCUCGCUCUCUCUCCAUCUCCUGCUUUGUGUCCAAGACCUGCAUGUUGUCCCCCAUGACCAUUUUCUCUGAGCAGCAGUAUAUCCUAUUGGGGACUUUCUGGUUUGUGGUUUUUAAACUAUCACCACCAUUUACUGCAUGUCUGGGACUCGCUCAUUUGUUGGAGUCUCUCUCUUGGCCACAUUCUCAUCUUCUCAGAUUUGUCAUUUGUUUUUUUCCAAGGCCCCUGGGUCUGUUGGUGGGAGUUCAGUUUGACCGGUCGGAAUUUGUCCGUAUGUUUCUCCGAAGUAUGUUUUUAAAAGUGGCCUUUUUUUAAAGAAAAAAAAUAACAAAACAAGAUCCUUUAAGUCAUUUCUGUUCCCUUGUGUAACUACUCCAAAGAUCACAGUUUAUGCGAAUGUAGACUGAAACAGUUGACAGUGCUUGUGUAGUUUUGGCAGUUGGUGUUUAUGGGGACAUCAAACAAAAUGGCUGUCCUCUCUGAAAAAGAGACCUGUCAAUCAAAGAUGGCUAGCAAGGGCUGAGGCUGGUGGAUGAUACAUGACAUGACUCCCUAUUAAUGGUGUCCUUUACAAGGAACACCCACGGGAGACAAAGUGUUAGUUCACACAUAGAGUCGGUAUUUUUCAUGCUUUUGUUUAUGUAGUGUUAAAACUCUUUAUUUGUAUAAUGUUUAUGAUUUUAUGAUGAGAUUUUGUUUCCUUUUCUUCGUAGGCGGGCCUUUGGCUUAGGGUUUUGCGCAGGUGAACUGGGGCUGGCACCCUAUUGGUUGUUUCGCUAUGCACUUAAUCCAAUCACAGCUUUUUCCCGUAUGUACCCAAAGCACAACUUAUAUUGCUGUAGCAACUUUAACCCCCUCCCCCCCAACACACACACACACACACACACACACACACACACACACACACACACAGACACACACACAGACACACACACACACACACACACACACACACACACACACACACACACACACACACACACACACACACACACACACACACACACUCUUACACAUCAGCAAGGGCGCGGGAACAUAGUUUGGCAGCUCCACACAUGCUUCAUGUGUGUGUUUUUAUGUGGGGGUGUCGUGAUCCGUUCUGUCCAUGUUCAGUGACUAGUGUGGACAUAAAAAGUGUGGAAACAAAAUGUUUUAGUCGUUAAAAUUGUUGUUGUGAAACAAAAGACGAAUAUCUAUGGACAUGUUGUGCCAAGUAAGAUACAGUGUAUGUGUGUGAGUGUGUGUGUGUGUGUGUGUGUGUUGUGAGGUUUAUUUGGCGUGUAUGUGUGUAUUUUUUUUAGUUUCGUUCUUAAGGUGUGAAAUUUUAGCCUUUGGUGUGCCCUGGUACGUGACUCCCUGGUACCCUGUGGUAACCCUUGGCAACGGGUUACAGCAGGCAAGCCACCAUGACCUUGUGCGUGUCGAAAGAAUUUGACCUCUCCCUUUAAUCAAAUGUCCAAAUAACGCAACUUGCCCAUCAUAGAGAUGGACAUGACCUGAAUGUACUUCUCCUAUUUGUGUGUGUGUGUGUGUGUGUGCGCGUGAGUGUUUGUCUAACUGCUUGCCUGCACUUAAAUGCACAGGCCACACACACACACACACACACACACACACACACACACACACACACACACACGCACACACAGAUGUGACCUUUAAAAACGACACACUCCGGUGACAGUGAUGGCUUGACCAGGGGUCGUCUCCAGGGCAACCCAGUCUCUCCCAUGUGGCACAUGAUAAAGUAUUAUUUGAGGGGGGGGGAGAAAAGACGAGAGAAAAACGGCAAGGUGAAAAAGAAAAAAAGAAAAACGAAAGAACAAAACAAAAGGUAGUAUUAAUCUUCUAAUGGGUCAAUAUGCUCCGUCAGUGUCCCGGAAGGGAGAGCGGUGUCGAAUGACCGCCUCUGCAGUAUUGCGGUGCUAUGGAGACACUCUCCUUCCCUUUGCCCUCUGCCUGCCACUUAAUGUCACACUAUCAUGUAGUUCUCGCACAAAGACACUUGGAGCUCACCGGACACACAGUAUGUCCUACGUUCACUUUCUCUCUUUUUCUUUCUUUCUCUCUUUCUUUCUUUUUCUCUUUCCUUCUUUCCUUCUUUCUUUCUUUAUUUUAAUACUGUUUGCUAUAAUGCUCCUUCAGACCUUCUCCAUAGGAGGCCUGACAUGGAUAGUGGGUUUCCGUUAUCUAAUUUAAAAGCCCACAAAUCCAUGUUCUUCACGGGGGGGAAGCAAACACAGGGGCCCAAACUAGCCCUUGCCCUAUAAUGAAAAACACUCUUAGGAUAUUAACUGCUUCAAUUAGUUCGCCGGGUUAAUCGCUAUGUUUGGCUGAUUCUUCCCCUCCCAUCAGGAAGGAGAUCAGGGUGAGAGUGAGUGUGGAGUGGAGACAUUAAUGUUGUUAAUGUUAUAAUGUGAUGGAUCAGUUUCCCACCAGGGAACCUUACAGCCUUCAGCUUCUGCUUAAUUGCUCCAUCUCUGCCAAGUUUGAGUCAGUGGCAGAAUUGUCUGAUUGUGGUACAAGUAACUACCACACUCUCUCUCUCUCCGUCUCUCCUCUCUCUCACACACUCCCUCUCUCUUUUUGUUUCGCUUUCUUUCUUUCUCUCUUGUUACCACUGUUGUCUAUAGCUUCCUCUCUGCCACAGGGUGUGGUACAAGGCUUUUAUGUAAAUCUAUCCCGCUGUUAUUCAAAACUAUAUAACCAGGUGAUCCAGGGAUCUUUGUGCCGGAACUAAAAACUAAACUGAGAACUCCUUCCUUGCCCAUUGACACUGUAGUGAAACCUUAAGACCCUAUACAGCCUCUGUGCACAGGAGCCAUCUUACUCUUCUGUCAGAUCCCACCCGGGUGGGUGACCAGACAAGGGCUAGAAAGAGACCCAGGCUAGGCUAGGCCCGAGGUCAUUGCUGCACAGAGACUCAGCAGUAGUGGAUGGUUUUCCAUGAAAGGGUUGUUUUAAAUAGGACAUCGGUGACAGAGUCAAGCUUUCUCAUGUCUCUGAAAAAAAAACAAAAUCCAAGAAGGAUUAUGGGUAAUUUUUUUAAGAAGGAAUCACUGCCAGUACAUCAGUUACGUUAGCAUCAUCACUUGUGUCGGGGCUUGGUGGCGUUAAGUGUUGAUGUUCAGUGUUUUCAAUGUGACGUGUGAUGGAAUAAUGUGGGAUGUGUUAUGUUUGUUUGUUUGUUUGUUUGUUUGUUUUAGUAGCACUCAUUUCAACUCCACAUUGGUUGUAGUCCUCUCUUAAACUUGUUUCAUCAUCAGUCUUUUCUUUCCUUCUAUCUCUCUAUCUAUUUGUCUCUCUCUGUCUCAUAAAGAAAUAUCUCCAUCCUUUUUUUUUUUUUUUUUUUUUGUCUGUUUUUUUUCCAUUGUAGUCCCUCUUGAUCUACUCAUAUCUGUGUCUGUUUCUGUGGAUGUAAUGGUGUGAUCUCUCCAUAACUGGUCCAGGGACGUGAUCGAGAUGUGCACAGACUAGAAAGCACACAAACUGAGUUGUCAGUAGCCCAGUUUUAACCACAUCACAUUGCAUUUGGUCCUUGACUGCUCUUGUAUUUGCAGUAGUAGCAUUGCCACACACAUACCAAACGUGUGACGUUCACAAGGCUAUCUAUCCAUCACAUGCUCCCAUCCCAAGCUUUGAACUCUCUUAAAGAAAUGUUCCAGAAUAUGCCCUCCAGAAGAUCUCUCAGAAGUUUCUCGCAGCAUAAUGCGACAAACAAUACAACAUCUAAUGCAGUUGUUUGAUUAGCAUAAAGUUGAACUAUGAAAUUCAGCAUUUGGGAAAGAAACAUUACGAGAGACAUGAGCCAAGCUUGUGGACGUGACGAGUUUAAUUUAGUGCACACUGUUGUAUUCUUCUGCAAGUUUUAGCCAUCUGCCUCUUUGCCUAUAAGCGACAAUGCUUGUACAUAUCAUGAAGAAGUGCUUGUAAUAUUUCCUGUUUUCUUUUCAAUGUGUUUUAUUUUUUAUUUAACAUUUUUUGUAGUAAUGCUUUUUUCAUAAUUGCGUUGUCAAUACGAAAAAUGAUGUGGGAUGAUGACAUGUGGACAUGUUAACUGUUUUUUUUAAGAAUAAAAAAAGAAAACGC